UAAGAUAAUUAAGUGAUUAUUGAUCAGUGAUUACUGAUCAGGUAUUAUUUAUUCAUCAGUGAUUAUUCAUCAGUAGUUAUUCAUCAGCUGUGUUUACUCCGUGCUCUUAUUUUGGUAAAGGUCACAUGACCGUUUUCUGUCCCACUAAAAUUAACCCUCCAUGUGAUUGGCUGAAAGACUUGACACACACAGCCAUGUAAGGUGUGUGUGCGUGUGUGUGUCACUUUCAGCAGUGAUCAAAAGAAGACAGCGUCAGUGAAGGGGCAGCUGUGUGUGUGUGUGAGACAGGUUGCUGUCAUGUCCAUCUCUCAGAUCACACCCACCCUGUUCCUGGGCGGAGCCGACUCCUCCCUCAACGCGGCGCUCGUGUCUCAGAAAGGCAUCACCCUGAUCGUCAAUGCCACGCUGUGCUACGCCUGCCCCGCCUACCCGGGGGUAGAGUGUGUGCGUGUGCCCGUCUCUGACCUGCCCAGCGCGCGCCUCGCAGACCACUUCGAUCGAGUGGCCGAGCGUAUCAACGGCAACCGGACGGGCGGCACACUGGUGCACUGCGCGGCCGGUAUGAGCCGCUCGCCGGCGCUGGUGAUGGCGUACCUGAUGCGUUUCCGGGCCGUGACGCUGCAACAGGCGCACCGCUGGGUCCAGGAGAGCCGGCCCUACAUCUGCCUCAACUCCGGCUUCUGGGACCAGCUGCUGCAGUACGAGAGGCGACUGUACGGGAAAAACACCGUCAGAGUGGCCGCUGCUCCCAACAUGAUGUCACCGCUGAUGACUGCAGCUUCACCUGUGAUGAGCCGCCCUCAGGUGACCUCUGUCGUCAAAAGGUCAAGAAGAAGAACAAAAUCCAGUAGCGUUAACGUCUGAACACCAUUACCCACCAUUUGGGCGUGGCCAAAGUCUUCUCACCUGGGGGCGUGUCUGCUGCUGUGACAUCACACGACCAAAUACAAACAAAGCAACACUUGCAGGAAAGUGACGUGUGUAAAUCACUCACUCUGCCACACCAAACCAAGUGGCCGUCUAGCACAGUGCUCAGCCGGAGACACAACGCAACGGAGAGAUGACGUGACGAUUGAUUGCCCCAGUGGCCUGUCUGUCAAGAAUACCUGGCUCAAUGGCCCAAUGAGAGGCUACAGAGACCCAGGAGUAUUGACCAUUUAAGCCCUGUUUUAUACUUUCAUCUCAUACUUUCACACUAAAUUGCAGAUCUACAUGCUUAUGACUCACAUUUUGCAAUGUGAUGUGUUUUGAGUAUGUAGACCUAUAAUUGAAAUCUCCCAAAUCAGGUCACAAGAGUUCAAGUGUUUAAAGUGUCAACAUGCAUCUUUUUUUAGUGCCAACAGUCCAGUUUUGUUCAUGAAGGACAUUGAUCUAACAACUUGAAUAAUAUAUGCUAUAUAUGUAUGCUUUACAUAUAUUUUUCCAGACAAUUUUUAUGGUUUAUUGUCCUUUCAACGGUUUCACAUUAUAUACAAUAGUUAAAAUGAAUAAAACACUGAUUAACUACUGUUACUGUCAUGGAAAUUAUGUACCUCAUGUAAUAGAUGAAGACAAAUGUGACCUGUGACCCUUUGUAUUGUUUUAGGAACUGUUUGAUGUGACUUGGGGCAAGGUGAUAACAGACCCACAGAGGCAGGGGUCUGCACCUCAUGGCAGGGUGAUAGCUGACCCAUUGAGACAGAUAAAUACCAUGUGUUUCCUCCAAGACAGAGAGUCUUCACUUUGUAACUGGCCUGUGUGUUGCUUUGUGAAUGCUCCUCUUGU